GUCCAUACUGAAAGCUCUUUGUCUCUCCUACUCACAUCCAACCGGCUGCGUUGAUCUUUGCAGCAUAUAGUCUGCCCAUGUCUCCAAUUCCGAUGAUGCCCACCUCGAUCUUGUCAUCUCCUUCGAGGCGAUGGCGGCCGCUGCCACCUGCUAGCGUCAUCAAAAACUGAUGGUGAGAUGUACAGACUGUCUGACGAAUCUCAAGAGACGAGCUGAGUGCGCUACCAGGAAGGAAGUCUCUUGGUACGAGUGUGAGUAGCGUCCAGUCACAAGUCCCACUUCCGGUGGCGGAGUCUGAAUCCCACAGGAAGCGGAAGCAAGACGGAGGUCAAGGUCUGCUGCACCUCAAGCUACCAGCCGUACUCACCACUCACGACGACGAAGGCGGAGGAAGACAGAGGAGUCAUGGUCACAGCUCCAUCAUUGUCACAUCACACAUAGCAUCGCUCGACGUCUUCAUACCGCCUCACCAUGGCUGCUGCAGUGGACGACGCAGGUGGUGUCGACCCCAACACGCCGCUCCCCACGCCCACCCGCUCCACGCUUCUCUCAACCUACUGGCGCGACCCCGAGUACCUCGCCUAUGUUCCCCUCAACCCAACGACUGCCCUCGACUACUUCUCCCGCUCUACCUUCUUCGACCCCGCCUCCACAAACGAGAUGCUACGGAUGCAGAACAUCGCCAAUCCAGAGGCCAUGGCAGGCGCCAUGGGCCGCACAGCUCGGCAGCAAGAGGAAGAGUUGAGCAGGUUCGUGGGCAUCGAGUUUGUCCUGGUGCACGCUAAGCAGAACAAGGGCAAAGAAGCUGCGGGAACACAAGGUCAGCAGGCACAGAAUGUCGUUCCGCCGGGCCAAGGACAGCAGCUGGCGGAUGAGACGUUGUUUGUGAUACAGAAGAGGAGACGCGAGAGCCCUGCAAAGACUCAUGUGCUAGAGACGUACUAUAUCCUGAACGGAAACAUUCACAUGGCUCCGGACCUGGAGACCGUGCUCAACAAUCGAAUGACCACGGCCCUUCACUCGCUCCGAAGCGCUCUGAGCCUCGCCCGAGAUGCGUCCGGCCGGCCUAUCCUGCCACCUUCGGCCUCUGCAAAGAGCAACGGUGCCAACAAGCGCAAGGGAGCUCCAACGAGCAGCAGCGACGGCGUCAGAGCUGCUGGAAAUGCUUCGACGAAUGUGGGCGCAGCUAUUGGGACAGAGGGAGGGCCUACGUUAGGUGCGGAGGCUACUGCUCUAUCUGCUCGACACGGUGAGCCUGGCGUCGCUGGGCUUGCAGUCGAGGAGGGGGAGGAUGCCGAGAUGGUCGACGAGUGAGUUUCGAAGUACACUCUUUGAGCAAGAUCGAACUUCAGUCAUAUCUUUCCAAUCAUGUAAAUGGUAUUUAUGCAACGACGGCAAUGGUGCGAGAGGUGGCUAGAUGAAAGGAUUAAGCUGCAUGACA